AUGUCCUCCACGAAAUCUUCUUCAUCAUCGUCAUCCCGAUCCUUCCCUAGGACACCACUACACGAGAGGUCGACAUCGGAGAAGAACAAACUCGCCAGCGGUAUUCGACUUGUUCCGUAUUCUCCACCGCGACUCAGCAGCGAUGGGGAGGCAGCAGGGGCCUCCCAUGGAGCAACCACGGAACACGGGCGCCGUGACAAUUAUCAUGGCACCGAGGAUCCAUCAAUUUCCAGUCCGACUGAGAGAAAAACCUCUCACCACUCAGAAAAUGAGUUUCAUGCAACACAGCCUGGCUCCGCGUUGUCAUCGCCUACCUCUUCUGCCAGAUCAUUUGCGGCAAGGGCCAAGGGAAGAGGCGUUUCAGGCACGAAACUUGGCCCCGAAUCGUCUGGUGUUGGACCCUCCACACCAACCCCUGGUCUUAACAGGUUCUCAUAUGGAAGCAAUAUGAGCAACUUCAAUGCACCUGCAGAUGCUCAGCAUGACGAAGGGCCUACCUCACCAACCCCCAAGUCAAGACGCAGUAAUCAUAUUGCAUUGAAUCCUGACAGGAAGACUUUCUCGAUCGUGUUGAGGCCGACAAACGCUCGAGAUUCCCAUCGUUCGAGUUCGAGGAUUAGCUCCCCUCCGGUGUCGAAUUACUCGACGCUCACGUCGCAUGACGGAUUUUCAUUUGAUGCAUUCGAUGACGACCGGCCCAGCUCCGCAUUGAGCUCGCUACCCGAGCGUGGUGUCUCGCCUUAUACACCUAUUUCUCCGGUCUCAACAUCGACAAUCAAAGCAGAAGAUCAAUCUGCCUCGCCCUGGAACUAUCGUAUGGUAGGUGGUGUUCGGAAGGUAGCGAGCACACCUGAUCCCACAGAUAAAGGCAAAGACAAAGAAGUAAUUGCAAACACGAACACGAACCCUGGCCCGUCACUACUCUCCCCGUUACAGGAGGUACCUUCGUCACCGAUUCCGCAACCCACACCCUUGGCAGCAAAACAGUCUUUCAAUUCGGAGACUUCUGAACUGACUGAGUCGACGCUCGACGAGAACACCAAUGUCCAAGUCCUAGCCCAGAGUUCACCGCCAGAAACCGACUCAGAGGGCUUACCUGAACCUCCAUCAUCGAGCGACUCUAAUUAUCGCGUCAUCGGGGAAUCGUCCUCUCCACCCUUCUUCUCGUCGCCCCCUCCCCAGGGACUGCUGGAUACGCCUGGAAGUAAGAACUUCGUGGUCCAUCCUGGUUCUUCGCCUGCAACGUCAUCAUCGCUUCCACCUACAGUUCAAAGAGCAAGACCUCAGUAUUCAGACGACAGUUUAAUACUCCGGGACAAGUACUCACAGGAGAGCUUGAUUGUACCUCCAUUGAAUACGGCUAGGAGAAGGACAGCAUCUGAUGCAUUUGGGUAUUACGGUCAGAAAUCACGGGACACACUUCGUCGUGCGAAUUCUUUUUCCUCGAUUUCAAGUAUAAUAAGCGACGCUGCUGCGUCGUCUUUCACUGGGAGUACACCGAAUGUUGUUCUCCUGGCAAGAACACCAUCAGCUUCGUCGUCCUUGCAACAGCCACAACAGCUACAACAGCCACAACCGCAAACUUCAUGGGAACCUCAGCCCAAUCUUGCACCCCCAAGAUCACGCAUGGAAACUCAACCACAUGUGUGGAGCUCUCAACUCUCGACAGUCAUGUCCGAGGACGAGAACAGCGACAGAGGCUCGCGCCAACUAUCGUCUCCUGGGCUGGACCGCAGUAGUAUGAGCUUUGGAGGCAGUAGCAGACACAGUCGGCAGAUGCUGAGUAUAGGAUCAUCACUAGACGUUAUGGAAGAGCUAUCAAGGGACUCGCUUCGAUCGCAUUCCAGAUCGAGAUCCGGGGACUAUAUGAUGCGUGGAGGUAGAGAACCUUCUCAAACACCAGCAGUCCGGGACAUUGACGAGGAUGGUGACGGUCUCGCAGACCUGUAUAAUUUGCAUCACAAGGGUUCUCGACCUCGUCUUACAGGUCGCUUGAGUAACAAGUCCUCAGCUGGCAGCUUACGUUCCUCGAUCAGUUCUCGCCAUGGAAGCAUGACUGGCUCAACUCUUCCGCAAUGGGCCAAAAUUUACUAUGGCAGUGGCGAACGUAAGUGGCUUGCAGCGCCAUCCAUCCGUUCAUAUGGCGACGACAGCCGGCCCGCCAGCUCCUUCGGCCGCUCAGAGUCGCCGAUAGACGACCAAUUCCCACCGAAUAUCUAUAAUCAGCGGAGACGUCCGCGUGAAGUGCACCCGGGAGACCGUCCGAUUUCGACCGAGGUCAGGCGCUUCUCGGGCAUGCAGAACAAGAUAAGAAAAAUGACUAGUAGUCUCUGGUCUCCUCAUCUGGAGGAGGAUCUCCGUGCAAGAACCCCGGGUAUGUGGCAAGGACCCCCCACUGCUGCGGAAUCGGGAUUCUUUGGGCCGCGCAACAGACAAGUCGUCCUAUUUGCUUUAGGAUUCAUUUUUCCCUUCGCGUGGAUGAUCGCGGCCUUUUUGUCGCUGCCUCCUAGAGUCACGCUCGACGUGGUUGAGCGAGACCACAGCACAACCCAGUUCAGGAUUCCUGAGACGCCAGAACCACUCGCGCGGCAAAUGCGAUUCCCUGAUAACAAGCGGUACCAGAGCGCCCGAUGGUGGCGCAAUGUGAACAGGCUCAUGAGCGUUGUCGGACUGCUUGUCGUUGGAGCCAUCGUUGCUCUGGCAAUCGUCGGUUAUUGGCAGAACAUGAAGACGUCAUGA